GUUGCAGUGACAGACGCGGGGCGGGACUGGAUCUCCCAAAUCCACUAAGUUGUUGCAAAACUUCCGAUCUGCAGCCUGAGACCGUUAGAAAAUACUUUGAAAAGGGAAGUCACCACGGACAUCACGACCAUGGCAGAUGAAGCAGCAGUUGUGGAGGAAGGCGUCGGCCCAGCUCAGACCCCACUGGUCACAGUCAGCUUCCAGAAAAAUGCCAACAGGAAAGAGAAGUACCUGGAGGCUGAGCCCAAAGCUCUGGGGAUCACUCAGAUUGGCCUGAGCUUGUUUAAGGUCACUUGCAUGGUUCUGUUUCUGUCCCAAGGCCUGGGUGCUGUGAGCACUGAUGUACCAUUCUUCAUUUCAUCUCUACUGGUGAUAAUUGCUGGGAGUUUGGCUAUAGCAGCACAGAACCUCCAUCUGCCAACGCUGAGGGCCUGUUUCGGGAUGCAGAUUGUCGCCUGUACUGCCUCCAUCUUCAACAUUAUACUUUCUCUGAUUAAAAUGAAUGAGUCAUCUUAUGGGUGCUACAUUUAUUACUACGAUCACAGCGCCGCAGAAAUGGAAAAAUGCAGAAAGUAUUCGGACGCCAACUCACACUUUUUUGCUGAAGGUAUAGCCAUUCAGGCUGCUCUGUUGGCCAUCUCCUUCACUUUGGUUGCCUACUGCUACAAGGUGAUCAACUGCUGCUCACCAGCUCCCAAAAUGCCGGUGAUCACUGUACAAGCCCCCCCUGUCCAACAGUGAGGACACAAAAAGGACAAGGGCAGAAGACAGGUGGUCAGCCACAUGUGAAUGCUACACAAAGUUAAAGUUGCAAUAAUCAAUAUGUUUAAUUUAACAAUGGAUCAAAUGGCUAUGUGUAAUGUCAAGGGGGUCAGUUGUAGUGACAAACCCACAAAGAGUUAUCAUCAACUCUGCAGGUCCCCUCAGCUCAGGCUGUUCACAUGCACUGUUUGUAUGUAUACCUAAUGCACAACGAUUCAUGUAUAACCCACGUAAUCAGGAAGACUGCAACCAUGUGAUCAGUGCGCUGACAGGAGUAAAGACAGAAGUAGUCCACAUAAGGAUGCAGGUUCAAGUGUGGAUGGGUAACAAAACACAGGACCUUCCCCCAAGAGACCAAUGUUCAGAAUUGUGUAAAACCAAAUGAACUAUGAGUUUUUUAAAGUACGUUGUCACCAUGUUUGCACAAAAUUUAUGGGGAUUGGAGGAAUUUGUGAUCGCAAAAUCCCAACAUCCUUAAGGGACUGAUUAGCUAAUCAACAUAGUGGAGCAUGUAGCAGCUAAAAUGACAGGUAAUUUUUUCAGGAGUUGGUGGAGACCAAACCAGAGCUAAAACAAGAGUGAAUAUUACACUUACAUUCCAUAUUUUUAUGAGAUGUUUUUUAUAUGUGCUCCCUCUCUAUGUAGUCCCUGUCUAAUGUGUUUGUUAAUUAAAAUGCUGCAGUGUAGGCACAUUGGACAAAUACUAAAAUAAGUACAGGCACACGAUGAAGCGUCUCUACAAUAUGUAACAAGAAACAAUUACAUGGUAAUGGCAAAUGCUAAAAUGUAAUAUGACCGUAGUACAAGUAGAGAAAAUUCAUAAAAUCUGUCAACAGGUCAGUUACACAGAAAUUUCUAUCUCAAGUUUACUAAGAUUAGCCUCCAUAAGCUAUUGGUCAUUACAGCUGACUAUCCGUACUCAAUACCUGUACAAUAUCAACCAAAAUAACCCACUACCAAGUAGUAUCGAAACAUCUCGAGUCAAAUGAUACCUGCAUUUGAUUAUUUUUUAUGGGUAUUGAAUGAAGUACUUUAGAACUUUAAGGGUACUGGUAAUGGUAUUGUAAUUCUUUAGAUCAGGCGUGUCCAAAGUCUAGCCCGGCGGCCAAUUGUGGCCGCAGACCAAUUUCAAUCGGCCCUCGGCUUGACUUUCAAAAUAAACCACAUGUGGCCCUUUACACAAUAGUGGUUGACUGAGCAAGAUCACUUUGCAUUUUUACCUUUUACCUCACAAUGAUAGGACUAUCAUACACUUUGUAGACAGGCAUCAAGUAAUAGUUCAUUAAAAGAUAAAAAUGGUUGCAUUUAUCUCACUUUUUGUUUUUUUAAAACCAAUUUGAUGGGGG